CAUUUAGAAACUGAGUUCCAAAAUUUGACUACCAAGUAACCGAUUAUUUUUCGAUAAGCAAUACUCCAUACAAGGAGAUAUGCAUAGUUGUCAUAUGACAAUAUUAUGUGAUAUAUAUAUUUUUUCUUGCCACUUGGAUUUUUCUUCUUGUCUUGUGAGCAGUGCACUAGCAAUUAUACUUGAAAAAAAUAUUCUAAUUAGAAAAUUUAGUAAAUAUGACCAGUCAAACUCAGGGUAUACAACAAUUGCUUGCUGCGGAAAAAAAAGCAGCUGAAAAAGUUGCAGAAGCAAGAAAACGCAAGGCAAGAAGAUUGAAGCAAGCAAAGGAUGAAGCUACUGAAGAGAUUGAGAAAUACCGCCAGGAACGAGAACGUCAAUUUAAGGAAUUUGAAGCCAAACACAUGGGUUCUCGUGAAGGUGUAGCUGCUAAAAUUGACGCUGAUACUCGUGUUAAGUUGGAUGAUAUGGAGCGCUCCAUUGCAUCGCGAAAGGAACCUGUUAUUCAGGAAAUUUUGCAAUAUGUUUACAAUAUCUCACCUGAAAUGCACAAAAACUACAAGCAAAAGUAGAAUUAACUGACAAAUUAAGUUAAUGAUUGUUACAAUAAUAUAUGAUAAAACCACAGUGUAUAUUUUAUCUAUUAUUGACUAA